UACAAUGUAUCUGCCUCAGAUACCUAUAUACAAUCAUAACAAAUCACAAGAUGAGUAGUAGGCCAGUGUUUAUAGCCUUGCUUGUAGUCUACAGCAAGCUUACAUUCGUCUUAGGAGGGUGCUUAGACUGCACAGAAUGCAAUGGAGGUGAUGGUCAGCUCAAUGGAACUUGUAAAUGUGAUGGCAACUGUGAUUUGUUUGGGGAUUGUUGUGAGUCUGUAUUCGAUCUAAGCACUUGUGUAGUGGGCAAUAGUGAUGCUCCACCUGGAGUUGACAUUGUGUGUAUUGACAUUUAUCCUGACAAAAGGAUCCAACCUCAAUAUCUUGAGUCGUUUUGGAUGGUGUCGAGCUGCCCCAGCAGUUGGUCGGAUGAUGAGGAGGCCUCAGUAAAAAAAACUGCAUAAUUCUGGACCGCUCUCUCCCUCCCAUCACAGAUCUGGACACUGGAGGGGUCUAUGCCAAUGAAUACUGUGCUGUUUGCAAUGGAGUUGAGAACCUGAUAGUUUGGCAACCCAAUCUUGGCUGCACUAUGUUUGUUUACGAGCAAAUUGAGCUAUUAGAUUACAAUAUCACUAAGCUCUUAGAAGAUGACCCUACUAUCUUUGAAACUCAAUGUCAAACCUGUUUGUAUCAAAUUCCUACUGUAUCCAGUUACUCUCCAAGGCCUUGUAUUUCAGCAGUAUCCACAUGUGUAAGCAAAUCAGAACUAGAAGAACUAACAAGUGAACAAUACAGUAUUGAACACUAUCAAAACUUAACAAGAGAUUGUGUAACUGGACCAUACGAUAUUCAUACUGCUCAAAGUACCAAUUACAGAAAUAAUGCAUGUGCAAUUUGUAACGGGGAGGAUUCGUCUACUUGCAUAGUCUCUCCAAUCCCAAGACUUGAGAUACCUGAUGAAUGCAUUCUACCUGAAAUUAUAAGUGGAACUACUACAAUAGGAGGAGGAGGAGGUGGUGUCUCACCAGAGAGUGGUAUUCCCUUUACCAUUGCUCUGAGCAAUCUCGGUGAGGGGCAAGUGGUUGUGACUGUACAAACAGAAACUGUGACUGUAAUAGUAGAGUGUCCUGAAGGCCAGGCUGCUCUGGGGUUGGAGUGUAGACCUACUCUUUGCCCUGAAGGCUACGUGGAGACAGGCGGUCAAUGUGCUUUUGUUGUCAAAUCGAUUAGCAAUGCUAACAUCAGUGUUCUGCAAUGCUUGACUACUCUUGUAACUCUUAACAGCAAUGUUACUUACAUACUGCAAAGCAAUGAUUCUGUGCUGUUUGAUGGUGAAGUGUUGACAAUUGUCAAGAUCGACUCUGAUGGCCAGCCUGUAGUUUGCCUAAAUGAUUCUUUUAUAGGAGAUUUUGUCAACUGCCCAACAAAAUUUGUUGUUUUGAAUGAGACAGAGUACGUGAAAGUGAGCAACAAUACUGUUCAAUCUGAAGGGAUUGUAUAUGAGGUUAUCAAAUUUGAUGCUGUUGGUUCAGCAAUUGUCUGCCCACCCAAUGAAACAACAAUCAACGAAACAAGCACUGUAAUCAUAUACUCCUAUGCUUCUGGUUAUUUAGAGUUGACUUACAUUGGAUGUUCAUUGUCUGUAAUUGGAAGUGCUCUUGUGUUGCUCACCUAUGGGCUCUUUAAAAGCCUCAGAACACUGCCUAGUCUAAUCCUCAUGAAUCUCUCUGCUGCCAUUUUAGCGAAUAAUCUCUUUAUUCUGAUUGGAGGACCUGUCACUCAGGCAUUCCCGAGCGUACAAUUGUGUGCAACUGUGGCUAUUUGUUUGCACUUCUUUUUCUUGGCUCAAUUCAUGUGGAUGUCCAUUAUGUCAUUCCAAAUGGCCAAAGGAUUUCAUCAAGCAUGGAAAUUAAAGAUGGUUUCAAAAUCUGAACAGAAAAGUUCCACAAUGGUCGUGUACUUUUUGAUUGGAUGGGGAACACCUUUUUUGAUAGUAGCCAUCUCAAUAAUUGUGAAUUUCUCCACUCAAAAUCUGGUAUUGUAUGGUGUUCUGGAUGAUGGAAAAUUAGGAAGUUGCUGGAUCAACCAUCUUGAAUCGGCCAUCAUUUCGUUUAUUGUCCCCCUAAUCGUUUCUAUGGUCAUCAACUUUACCCUUUUUGUGAUUGUGACUGUAUUUCUCUGUCAUUCGGCUAGGUCUAGUACAAGAAUUGCCAACGAGAAAAGUCUUCCAUAUUUCCGUGUGAAUGUUGCUGUGUUCUCAGUGACUGGACUUACCUGGGUGUUCGGUUUCGUAGCUCUGCUUGCUGGAACUAAUUGGGCAUGGUAUCCGUUUAUCAUCUUCAACAGUACUCAAGGUUUUAUGAUCUUCAUUACUUUCAUCCUAACUAAGCGAGUCUUAAAGCUCUACUGGAAAUUCCUGCUGUGCCGAAACGACACUGUGUCUAAGUCAACAAAAGGAACGAAUGUACACUCUCCAGCAGGAAAUGAACUUAUUUUGAAUAUGAACACAAAUGAUAUUAAUGGUCAAGCUGUAAUCAGCUAUACUACUACAAAGAGUUUUUAAUCUG